CUUGCUGACAUGCUAAGUCUUUAUUGGGUAAACCAGAGGACUGGAGGAAAUGAAUGAAUUGAACAAACUGGGAGCGCCGUCCCUGUUCUCUCUAUAAAUAAGAGAGCAUCGGAUCGUCACCAACAGCCAUUCGACCAAGUACUCAACAAUUCUUCUUUCACCAAGCUCCUUGACUUCAAAAUUAUUAACUAUAACUACUACAAAUUCGAAUUCGAAAUGGCGUCUGCUCUCUUGAGACUUUUGAGAAAUCGAUACUCUGCACCAACACUACAAUCCAUCGAAUGCAGCUCCAUCUUGGGCAAAACCGUCCUUGUUACCGGCGCCAGCAGUGGACUCGGCCUCGAAGCUGCCCGUCAUUACAUUCGCUUGGGGGCAUCACGCGUGAUUCUUGGCGUUCGCUCCCAGUCCAAGGGCGAUGAGGCAAAGCGAAACUUGAGCUCCAGCUUCAGUUCAGACCGACUGAAAUGUUGCGCCAUCGAUGUCUGGAUUGUCGACCUCGCAUCCUUCGCAUCGGUUCGAUCAUUCGCAGACCAGGUCGUGCAAAAGCUCGAGAGACUUGACAUCGCUAUCCUCAACGCGGCUGUCGCCAAGGACAAGUACUAUGCCACAGAGGAUGGUUGGGAAGAGGUACUACAGGUCAAUGUGUUGUCAACAGCUCUCCUCGCUCUGUUACUUCUACCAAAAAUGCGGCAAUCAGCAUCAUCUUCCUGGAUACCUCGACUGAGCAUUGUCACGGCCAGAGCACAUGCAACGGUUCCGGGAGGGGCAUCGUGGCAGUCCGCGCCAAACAUGCUCGAAGAGUUGAACCAAGAGAGUCAAUUUGGCACGAUCAGUGCCCGGUACAGUGUUUCCAAGCUGUUGGUGAUUUAUGCAGCCAGGGAGAUUGCGAAACUAGCUACAUCUACAGAUGGUCAAUGUGAGGUUGUGGUCAACUAUCUGUGUCCUGGAGCAUGCAAGUCGGACCUAGCCCGACACUGGCAGGGUUUACCACAGAGAGCCUUGCUUUCCUUGAUGCAGGCAACAAUCUGCAAGACAACUGAGGAGGGUUCGAGAACGCUAGUGUACGCAAGCGUGCUCGGGGAGGAGAGUCAUGGGCUGUGGAUUCACAACAAUCAGAUUGAACAGCCCGGUCAGCUAGUUCUGAGUGCUACGGGUCUUCAGUUGCAAAAGAAGAUAUGGGCUGAGACAUUGGAGGUGCUGAGCCCAUUUUAUACUCAUGUGCUAAAAUAAAGCAAUGCGGCUUCGGAAACGGAAACACUAGGUAGAGAGAAUGAGAACUGUGUCGCGUAUACCUUGCACGAGAGAAGAUUGCCUACCACUGGCUCUGGGGGAGCUCGAGACGUUCUGCGGAUGAUUUGCGUCGUUGGUAGGCGGUAGCGGUCUGGCUCGCCCGGGAUAUUCCGCCUGGGCAAUUCGAUAUCGUAGCGUUGCUUUAGCGUGGAAGGAGGAGGGGGGUUAUCGGCAAGGGGCCUAUUAUUAUUAUCUAUUCUUAUUAGAGUUAGAGGAGUAAGUUAAAGGCUAUACUCUCUAUAAUAUAUUUUACUAGCUUUUUA